GAGAAGAGGCUCCAACGACAGCGCCGCCUCUGAUCGCAGCGGCAACCUUCGCCUCGGCUACCGCGCGCAAGAUGAGGACCUCCACCCUUUGCGCUCCAUGGCCGAGCGCGUCGGCAAGGAGGUCGAGAAGUUCGCCGAGAGUGUCGACAACUGGCGCCGCGACGUGACGAGCAACAAAGCGACGAGCAUCACAAAGCAUCACUCGACCAUGGACCUAGUCCUCCAGCUGAAGGAAGAGGCCGAAGCGAACGUGGGCCAGCUGCGGAAGAAGCUGGCUGCCGAGGCGCGCGGUGCGCCCAACAAGCGCCUGGACAGGAUCCGUGAAGUCGACGAAAUCUACACGUCGGUCGAAGAAGAGUUCGAGUUGGACUUCAGCUCACACAACACCAAGGACGCGCUCAGGCAAUGGCAGUCGGAAUCUGCUACCUGGGAGCUUCUCCGGAUGAUGCUGGAGUUGAACCAGCCUAUGCCCGGCAUCAAUCCCGCCGCCAUUAAGAAGAAGAACGCGGCUUCGUUUAAUAAACUUCACAAGUACAGUCCGGAGGGCGACGUCUGGGACCGCUUCAUGCUCGUCGAGGACAGUGCCAGAGAGAGGGAGCAGAUUCUUCGUUGGUUGGAGGAGACGGCAGACGAAGCGCGGGACGAUAUUACCACUGUCGUUGACACGCUCGGGGAGAAGAACGGACGCGGCAGCGGAACAUGGGCGCAAGGCUGGCUGGACACGAAGUUGAGGCUCAAGCAGGAAAAGAGGCUGCAUCCGUGGAACCAAAACUCCGAGCUUCCGGAAGUUAGACGCGAGGACACGGGCGAGCUUAUCGCAUCGCAACUCGACCCUGACGCGCCGACCCGCCAAGGCCGCGUUCUCGAACAAACCGACGACAACUACGAAAAAUCCAUAUGGCUAGCAAUCUGGGAGAUGAUGAGGCGUGGCAGGCCCUGGCAUGAGAUUCAGGAGUGGUGUAAUGAGCGCAACGAGCAGUGGAGGGCCGUCAGUCUGGGCAAGGCAUACGACAACCAUGAUCGGAGGACAUCUGUCCGAGGCGCGAACGUAGGUGGCCUCUGGCGUCGCGUAUGCUACGCCGCGGCGCAAGCUGGACAGAACGAGUACGAGCGCGCAGUUUACGGUGUUAUGGCUGGCGAUAUCUCGUCAGUCGAGCCCAUUUGCCGGUCGUGGGACGAUUUCCUUUAUGUGCGCUUGAACAGCAUCCUGCUUUCGCAGUGGGACGAAUAUCUGCAGGAGGAAGUUCCCGACAGCAUUCGAGGCGCCCUCCCAGCACGUCUGGGCGGGCCACCCAGUAUGCUCCAACUGCAUGGUGGAGCAGAAAACGCCAACCGUCGCGUCGUUGAGCAUCUGGCCGAGAAUGAGGCCACGAAAGCCGAUAGCCGCGAACCGAUGAAGAUGAUCCAGGGCGCGUUGAUUAGCAAAAAGUUUGAGCGCCUUGCAUUGGAGCUUGGCAUUGCCUUGUCCAAGAGGGCCAACGCCGACGGGGAGUUGUCGAAAUUGAUCCCUAUUGUCGACUGGGAUAACGAGAACGAAGCAUACUACGGCCUUGCGGAAGACUAUGACGCUCUGCGCAUCGUAACGCACAUGCUGCUGAUUUUCAGGAACUUUGGCUUCUGCUCGGAGAAUGAUGCCAGGAACCAGCAGAUGUACGAGAACAUUAUCGUCAGCUACAUCGAUUUCCUUCGCAUGGCCGGCAAGAUUGAGCUCGUCCCGCUGUACGCCUCGCAGCUGUCUCACACGCGCGCCUACCAAACGCUCGGCAUCGCUUCUACCGACAUUCGGAACUUUGAAGAGCAAAAGCAGCAGGUCGUUCUUAUGGCAGAAUACAAUAUCGACAUCGACCAAGUGCUGCAGUCGCAGUGGGAACACACUCUCGUCAAUAGCGGACUCAAGUCCCGACACGGUGAUUAUAUCAAGCGGUACGAGUUCUUGGAGGAAUGCAAGCACAACCAGUGGCCCGGCCAGCGUAUUCGCGAAGCUUUCUUGCCAGACGAAAUCACGCCAGAAGAGGAGAUGCUGAUCCGGAGCUGCGAGUGGUGGAUGCAUCUUCCGGAGAGGUGGCAUGAGACUUUUGUUGCUUUGACGGAGACGAUCAAAGAGUUCUUGCUCUCUGGACGCCUUGGUGCCGCUGUCCGCCUGAUUGAGCGCCUUCCCUACAGACAUGUCUCCAAACUUAAGACUGCUGACAUGCUCGGCAUCGGUCGUUCCAUGGACGUGAUGGAAGACGAGCUCCCCACAGAUGAGAUGGCCAACUCAGACCCAGACCUCCGCCGUUCGGGACGCAAUCCCCUCCGCUCCUCGAUACAGAGACCCCGCGCAAUCUCGCCCGGCCGUCUACAGGAGAGCUACUCCCUCCGCGAGGCACUUAGGGCCGAGAGCCGGAACUACUACCAGCUUCAACAGCUCGUGCAAGCGAUUAAGAUGCUCGACGAAUGGCGGAUCGAAGAGGCCGAGCUUAUCAACAUCAAAUCCAACGGCGGCACCAUGCCUCCCAAGAACAAGAUCCGCAGUCUGCUCGAGAACGUGUGCGACGCGGUGAACCCGCUGCUCAACGGCGGCUUCCUGGCCUUUGCCAGCGACGACCUCGAAGCCCAACAACUGCACACGCUGCACCUAGCCUACGUGCCCGAGAUCGUGCUGGGGUACAACACGGUCCUGCACAGCGCAGCGCACAUGGUCGGGCGCGACAACAUAACACGCUGCAUGGAUGUGGCGACGGCAGUGGCAGCUCCAGCGAACGCGGCGCUGGCAACCGCCUUUGCGGAUGCUGGCCGCUUGCAGGAACUCGUCCGCAUGCUGGCCGCCAGCUCGCUGGCUAUGGUGCGCCUGUCCGAGGGCGGCGGCCGCAAGCCUGAUGCUGCGGCUCGCAAGCGCGCGAAGGCCGGCCAGACGAUGCGCAUUUGGGAUAUUGGGAGGGGCGAGGGCGCCGCGUUGUAGUGCGUUGUGGGUUGUGCGUGGGUGAGUGAGUGGGUUUGGGAGCACUGAGCAGCUGAGCAGCUGAGAUCGAGGCCGCGGUUAUGGAAGUGCAAGUGGAAGUGGGUUGCGUUGGAUGCGUUGGGUUUGGUGGUGGGUAACUAAGGCGCAUGUGCUGCAUGUCAUGUAGUACAUGUAGUGAGUGGUAGAGACGGCGGCGGCGGUGGUGCAUGUGCAUGUGCAUGUGCAUGAACGAGCACGGUGCCACGGGCCACGGGGCGGCGGGUUUGGAAUAGAUAAACGGGUGGGAGCGGACGCUCGCUUGCUGGAGUUUGAGCUUCGCUCUGGGUCUGGCCACUGCUGUCGAU